CAACGUGACCUUCCAUGGAAGCAUGAGCACAGCGGGACAUAAAGUGCAUCAUAUUAGCCGUGAAUCUGAGUAUAUUUUAUGUACUAUUACACAUAACUGCUUGCACCCAAGGUUUGAAUAUGAAGAAAUUACACUAUGAAGACACUAUGAAGAAUGACACUCUAAACUAAGGUUGGAUGUGCACGUUUCUAAAUCAAAGAUAGCUAGCUUCUCUGCUAGCAGUAGAAGUUAGAACCACUUGGCUGCCUACCAUUACUUCACAGGCUGUUGAUCACAUGUACAAUCAUGAGCAUCAGGUUCGCGAAGUUAUCUAUGCUGAAUCAAUUGCGACAAUGUUGUCAUUCUUUGCCGCCAAGAUUAGCUUUAAAGAAAAGCCAUCUGUCGCCAUCGGCAAACUCCGCGUUUUCACUCAACCACCUCCAAAACCCUACACGGUCUCUCAGCACAAGCUGGCCUAAGUGGAAAGAUGUGCCUCAGCCCAAAGACCAAGAAACUGAGAAGGUGGACUUGGACAUCUGGAAAUCCGUAAUGAGGUCUCAAGUGGCACAAGAAGAGACGCCAAGGGCCAGUGACGAUGACACCGUCCAAGCAGGGGCCAGUGAGAUGGGCCAGGAUUCGCCACGGGAGGCUACCCGUCAGUUGGUGGAGAUGUGGCGUCAGGCAGGAAAGCAGGUGCCAGAGCACAUUACGGACGAAGAGCUAGACAUGGUAGCGGAGCGUCUCACCAAGUCUUCAAAGAAAAAGUACUUAAGGUUCCUGUGCACCAGAGAAGCUAUAAAGAAGGCCAACAAGAGGAAGCAAGAACAGAAGAGGAUGAAGAAGUUGGCCGAAAUAGAGGAGAUGAGCAAAGAAGAGGGUGAUGACGAAGAAGUCGGCAGCAAGUGUAAAAACACCUUUCUUCUCAACUUUUGGACGCGGUCGGAGGAUCGACUACUUGGCUGGAAGAGUGCUCAGGCUAUGCAGUUUGGCCAGCCACUGGUGUUCGACAUGAGCUAUGAACAGCACAUGACACCGCGUGAGAUAGCAAAUACAGCCAGCCAACUACUGGAGACUGAAGGCCAUAACCGACGUGCUGUAGAUCCAUUUCACUUGCACUUCUGCAACCUCAAUCCUGAAGGUACCUACCACGAGGAGCUAGUCAAACGCUACGGCACUAAUGCAUGGGAGAACCUCCUGAUUACUGCCUCCCCCCAGCGACACGUUGACAUGUUCCCCCUCGAACAGCUGGUGUACCUGACAGCUGAUUCGCCCAACCCGCUCCGCACCUUUGAUUGCAACAAGGUGUACAUCAUCGGGGCCCUGGUGGACCGCUCUAACCAGCCCGGAGUCUCUCUGGCCAAUGCCAAGCGUCUGAAUCUGGCCACCGCGCGUUUGCCACUGGAUGAGCACUUGGACUGGGAAUCUGGUGCCAAGAACUUGAGCUUAGAUCAGAUGUUCCAGAUUCUUAGGACCAUCAAGGAGACAGGAAGCUGGGUGGAGGCCUUGAAGUUUGUGCCCAAGAGGAAGCACGCCGGCUUCCACUCUGCCAAGAAUGGCAGUACAGACUUAGAGGGUGCAGAGGGGUUAGCCACAAAACGGGCAAACAGAGAGUCAAAAAACUUGCUCAUCAGCAAACAACACUUUAGAGGUGGAGUGGAAGGAAAAGCUUCUUUUCAGAGCCCAUUAACGAAUGUACUGAAACGUAAGACGGCUGCGUUCUCUGACAGACAGAAGGCUAGAAAGAACUGGUGGGAAGACUAACCAUUGAAUGGCACGGCUAUCGUGAGUGACUUGUGUUCAAGUGCCAUCCACAUACUGGCAUACACAAACACAAAGCUAUGUACUGUUACUAAAUUCUCAACCCAUGGACCUUCAUCAAUCAUCAUUGAUAUUAAAUCACUUUGUUAGGAUCUCAGUCAUCUGGAUAUUAUUGUGUGGAAGUCUUGAUUAAUAUCUGACAACCUCAUGGAGAGGGUGGGAUAUUGUCUAUGCCAUUUAUUGCUGUACUAACUAAAAUGUUGAUGGCAACAGAUUCAUGUGGAUUCAAGAAAUGUUAGACCAGUGAAAGUCCAUUAAAAGGAUACAGUUGAA